AUGGCUCCCGCGAUCCUGCGCAGUGCCGUAGAGCUCCCAGACGGCUCCUCGGCGUGGGAGGGCGGCGACGCCGCUCCGCCCAAGGCGGAGAAAGAGGAGAAAGCCGCGGCCAGCCACCCGCAGUCUGGCAUCCCGGUCCGUGCGCCCGCCUUGGAGUGCCUGGCUGCCAAAAUGUCCGGCGGCAGGACCAACCUGCCGAUCCCCUGCCAGACUUUUCCGGCCUGUCACCGUAACGGAGAUUUCACCGGCAGCUACCUCCUGGGCCGUUCGGCCUCCACCUCGGGCGUCCGACAGGCCGUGACCAACACGCAGAGGCUGUGUAGCCACUCCAGGGACGCAGGCAGCUCGGUAGCCAAGGGCUCCGACGUCGAGGAGGACGAGCCGGUUUACAUCGCGGUGGUGGAGGACGUAUUUUCCGGGGCUCCGUCGCACGGCGUCGCCGAUGACUCGGACGACUCGGACGAGAGCGAAGCCAUUUGGGAAGAGAUGAAGUUUGACAAGCCAUC